GCUUGGCACUGCUUGUUGGCUGGUCUGUACUUUUAAUACCUGGCAUCCUGCUAGCAACACACGGUAGUGUAUAAUUCAGCUCUGAAUGCUUACGUUGAAGCGAGCUCUCAGAUGUGGGGGUGGCAAGAGCAAACAGUUUGGGACUUGUAGUUCUUAGCAGUGGCCUAGAAGAAGGUGAAGUCAUUCUUAAGGACUGCGCUUCCCAGAGUGCCUUGCCCUUGGCCAUACAGGAAAGGGAACAGCCGGUAGCCUAUCCUAGUGGGGAGGUGUGGUGAUUGAGGAGCGGGCAAGCCAAUCGCAGAGGGGGAAGUGAAGCCAGAGCAGUGGGCUGAAAAUAGAGUGGGGGAGUUAGUAGGUGGCUGCCUGUGUGGGAUCAGGCAAGGGCUUGCCUGUGUAACUAGGGCCACUCGGAAGUUUCCUGUCUGCAGUUGCUCCAGACCAGAGCCCUGCCCAGGCACGCAGGCAGGCAGAGGAAGACUGAGCUGACCCACAGGGAAACAAAAUUCUGGCCAGCCGGUAAGAGCUCCAAAUGCACUCUCACUCUCUCUGGUGUCUGAGACGGGAAAGGCAAGCUAGAAGAGAAAUAAUGGAAUCUUUAAAGGGGAAAGAAAGGGACUUGGCUCGAUUAAGUUCAGAGCGCUUGACCCACUUGCAGAUGGCAUAGAGAUGGAAAACGGAGGCCUGCUGUAUUAAGACAGGCAGACGGACAGACGGCAGGACGGACGGACGGGUGGCGGCGGCGAUUGGCGGCUCGGCGGCAGGCUGGUGGAAAAUGUCGUCGGGAGCAGGUGGGCGGGGAAGACGUGAGGGAAGGGCCUGUGGGGGAGCAGGCGAGGUAGAGGAAGGACCAGUGGGCAUCCCCUUCCCCGAGCACAGUGCUGACCUGCUAGGCAGUCUCAACCGCCAACGGCUAAGUGGGCUGCUGUGUGAUGUGCUACUAGUGGCUCAAGAGAGAGAAUUCCCUGCCCACCGCUCCGUGUUGGCUUCCUGCAGCACCUACUUCCACAAGCUUUUCACCUCGGGCCUGGCUGCUGACCGCCAGAAAGUCUAUGCGCUGGACUUUGUGCGGCCUGAGGUGCUGGCCGCCCUCUUGGACUUUGCCUACACAGCCACACUCACAGUCAGUCGAAACAGUGUGGUUGACAUCUUAAGCGCUGCCCGUGUGCUGGAGAUCUCGCCUGUCCAAGACGUCUGCACACACCUGCUAGAAACCAAAGUGCUCUCCCCGCCGGCGGGCAGUGAGCAAGAAGAAGACCAGGAAGAGGAGGAACAAGGAAAGAAUGGAAAAGAGCAGGGCAUCCGGCUGCGUGCCCAUGAGUACUUGGAGUUCUUCCAGAGGGGGGCGCAUUGGGGUAGCAGCUGCAGCACGCCUGAGCUCAGGGACCUGCCUGCACACCUGCACUUUAGCCAACGCAACGGUGCUGACAGCAAUGGCACGCCCAUCGGCCCUGCUGACUACUACUCCUCACUGGCCCAAGCCCUAUCACAGCCACCUCGUGAACCCGAAGACAAGGAUGUGGAUGAGGAGUGCCAGGAUGGACCUUCAGUUCUAGCUCGAGGGAAAGGUGCAGAGGCUGUGAUGUCCAUUUAUGCUCCCACUCAGAAUGGACAUUACUAUCUCCAUCAGGCAGAGCCCAAAUCAGAGAUGGAGGUUGAGGGGACAGGUGAGCGGGAGCACGAACAAGGCCCAGCCAGUGCUUUGCUACAACAGAUGAUGGACUCCUUGGAGCAGAAAAGGGAACAGGCCACGACAGGUGGUGGAGGUGAGGAGGAUGGGCCGGAGGGCGAAGAGCCAGAUGUUGAGUUUUACUUGAAGUACUUUAAUAGUGUGCAGCACGAGGAAGCCACCAGUGCCCCCAUGUCUCCAAGUUUGCUACCACUGUGGUCAUUAAGGGGCAACGGAGGUGGAAACCAAGCGACUGGAGGGGGUAACAACAGUGAGAGGAAGAUACGGUCUAAGGCCUUCCAGAAGUGCCCUAUCUGCUCCAAGGUCAUCCAAGGUGCAGGCAAGCUUCCACGCCAUAUCCGUACACACACAGGAGAAAAGCCCUACGAGUGCACCAUCUGCAAAGUGCGAUUCACCAGGCAGGACAAGCUAAAGGUUCACAUGCGCAAGCAUACAGGAGAGAAGCCUUACCUGUGUACUCAGUGUGGUGCCGCCUUUGCCCACAACUACGACCUGAAGAAUCACAUGCGUGUGCACACAGGCUUGCGCCCCUACCAGUGCUCCAGCUGUUUUAAAACCUUUGUGCGCUCAGACCACCUCCACCGGCAUCUCAAGAAAGAUGGCUGCAACGGCAUCCCUUCCCGUCGAGGCCGCAAGCCACGCAUACGAGAUUCUGAGCUCCUGGAAGGUCCUAUGGAACUUCAUGGCCCAGAAGCAGACAUUGAGAGAGGUCGGCGGCAUCCGGACAGGGGCACCGGAACAUCAGUCAUGGAGGAAAAUCACGGUAGUCACACGCACAGUCCGGUUGCCGAUGGGGAAGGUAGUGAAGAUUUGACCUCGGGACAAAGGAACUCCGCAACAACAUGAAUAAACUUCUUCAGAGAGGGCUUUACUCAAAAACAAGAGGAAGAAUGAAACCGAAAAAUAAGAAAAAAACAACAACAAAAAAAACUUAAAACUACAUGGUCCUCUUUAAAAAAAAACAAAUCAGGGUGGCACGCAAAUCUAAUCUUCUAGUUUCUUUUUCCUCCUUUUUUUUAGCUUCUGCAUUCCACAUAGAGACUUAACCACCAAUUUACUGGUCUGUUAUAAUGGCGUAGCCAUGUGCGUACGAGAAAAAGCUACUAUGCAGAUUAAACAAGUUCCUCAUCUCUGGGUUACAUCUACAUGGCCUUGUCUUAAAAAGUAAGGUGUCAAACACCAGGCUGACUCUGCUUCAACAGGUUAGCUAUGAAUGGUCUAAGAUGUGAUCAAUGCAACCAAUAGAUCUCUUUUUCUAAUGCAAUGAGCAACAUGUACAUACACUAUACAAAAUUAUAUUGUCUCAGAUUGCAAUAUAUGCAAUAUUCUGAUGCAGCACCUUUUUUCUAAAUGUUCCAGAAAGAAUUGGACAGGGGUUUAAAGUGUUACUUUCUCUAUAAAAUAUGUUUUUGAGAGUUUAUAUUUUCGUGGUGUAACAGGUUACCGUUUUGAUCUACAUGGGGAGAUUUCGUUAAUUUGUUUCUGGCAGGGAGAGAGGGUAAGACAAGGGAUGAGGUCCUGUGUUUCUAAAGCACUACCUUCAUCUGAUUGCCACUGGACACAAUCAUGUUAAAUCUAACCCCUUACAGGCCUGCUUUUCCUUAUUGGCAGUCCUACUUGCAUUAUAUUCUCUCUUAUUUUGGGGAUUGUCUUAAUAUUUUGUCAUUUGAUUUUUCUUUUGUCCUUUGAGUUGACUAGUUUGGGUACUUGACACUUUAUAUUUGUAUACGUGUGUAUAUAUUAGGUUGUAAUCUUAUGAGACCCUUUAUAAGACACAUAUUGCAGAUAUAUAGGGUUACAUCAUCCUUCAGCUUCACUCCAGGUUUCUCACUGCGUUAAGUUUGCAGGGGGAAAUACGCUGUUUGAUGUUUUAGAGCAUUAUAAUUGAGAAACCCAUUUUUUCCUAAGCUGCACUUAAUGGAGCCCAGAAGUUUCCACCCAGUGUAUGAAUUGUGAUAAUGUGCUUCAUUUUGAGUCUUUCUGCAGGAGGGUGAAACUGUAUGCAACAGACGAGUGAGGGCACCGCUGUUAUACAAACGGCUGGUGAACAACUUAAGCAGGGAAUCUUUUAUUUGUUUGUUUGUUUCAGUGACAGAAGAAGAGAUAAAGAGUGCACACCUUUUUUAUGCAUUUGCACAGCUUUACUAAAGAUAUCCAACAGAGAUAGAGAAAUAUCUAUUUAAAGAGACCGUUUGGGUUGGGGAGAUACAAAGUGCUUAUUCAAUUUCUUUGCCCAAGGG